AUUUCCAGAGUGAAAUGAAGUCUGUGAAUCAAUACCAUGUAUCUUUAACUUAAUAGUAAAGUACACUGUCGAGUAGAUGCCGUUUAAAUUAAAUUUCACGACACAAUUACAAUGUAAUUGGGAGUAUUAUUGCAGAUUUCAUUUAUUUUCAUUGUAUUCUGCGUAAUGUCUUUUUCUGUGAUUUUAAACGGAACUAUUUAAAACAGAUCGAAAGUGUCGGCAGAAGAAGCCGGAUUAAGAAGGAUUACUGCAACAUUUUCAUACACAAAGCGGCUUAUUCGUUUUAAAAGCCAUAAAAGCAAUGGUGCUGAAAUUUCAGUGAUGAUUUAAUUUUCUCAAACUUAAUUGCUGCAUUGGUUUUAAGGAUUGCCCGGUUAUCCUGUUGACAUUUAGAAUCAGUCAUUUAAAGUGUUAAAUGUUAAUGAGCUGAAGGUACAGCAAUUGUUGCAUGAGUUUGCCGACUUGUGGAAUUAAUUUUGCAUCCAACUUUUUGACACUGAGAGAUGACGAGUAUUCUAGUUUCUGUCUUUAGUAACAGAAUGCCAACGAAGGGGAAGUAUAUAGCAGGCAAACAGGUCUCAAGAUGGGAAGCAGACACCGAUAAUGUUGACAUCGAAUAUAAAAACUUGGACACACAGUCAAUAGCCUCUGUGCCUUUCUUUAGUGGGCGUAAAGGAUGCCUACUAAAGAUCUUGUUCCUGCUUGUGUUUUUAUCUGCUGGAAUGAUACUGGGUUAUAUGAUCAGACGAAACAUUCAUGAGACUCUGAUCAAACAGGAACCACCAGUAAAACAUCUAGGAAUCAAACAGAACUAUAAUGAUUUGCUGCGACAGAAGAUACAGGCAGACUUGAAUGAUACUGCUAACUACAAGGACCAUCUCAAUGAAAUGUCCAGACAGGUGAUGUUAUCAGGAAUUGGUACAACUAAUAAGUUUAUAGAGUAUUUGAUACAGUUCUGGUCUUCUUUCCCUCUUGAUUCUGUCAAAAUGAAACAGUACAGUGUCUUAUUAUCAUAUCGUAAUUACACAUCAAAAUCUAGCAGCAUUUCAGUAUUAUCAACGAUGCCAAAUACCAGUGUAGUAUUCCAAGCACAUUAUAACCAUGAUAACAUGUCUGGGAUACAUCCAGAUUACAUACCAUUCAAUGCCUAUUCUCCUUCUGGUUUUGUCAGGAGCAAGCUCAUCUAUGCAAACUAUGGAUGCAAAAAAGAUUUUUCAAGAUUAAAAAAGUUAAAUGUUACUGUCAAAAAGAAUGUUAUUUUAGUCAAGUAUGGAAAAAUACACCCAGCUAAUAAGGUAUUACAUGCACAAAAUGCAGGAGCAGCAGGUGUCAUCCUAUAUCCUGACCCUGCAGAUUAUGCUAAUGGACAAUCAAUAGUAUAUCCUAAAACAUGGUGGUUACCAGGUUGGGCCGUGCCUUUAUCACAUGUUAGAUAUAAUUUGGUUGGGGAUCCCCAGACACCUGGAUAUCCAGCUAUUAAUGGUGCACCACAUACCUUAUCAGAGAAUGCAAACUAUCCUAAAAUUCCAGUUCAACCAAUUGGGUAUGAUGAUGCUAGAUAUCUUAUGAGUCAGUUAGGGGGACAAACAGCACCAGAUGACUGGCGUGGCUGCUUGAAUGUCUCGUAUAAAACAGGACCUGGUUUUAGUGAUGAUAGCUUACAGUUAGAGUUAGAUGUAAAUAAUGUGAUAGAACGAAGAAAUAUUUCCAAUGUUAUUGCUGUUAUAGAUGGAAAAUAUGAAAAAGAUAAAUUUGUAAUAAUUGGUGCUCAUACAGAUUCAUGGACCAAAGGUGGUGUAGAUCAUGCAACAGGGUAUAGUGUGAUCUGGGAAUUAGCCAGAGGGUUCAGUGCUCUUGUUAGAGAUGGUUGGAGGCCAAGAAGAACUAUUAUGUUAGCUUUAUGGGAUGCAUCUAAAUAUGGACAUAUAGGUUCCUUUGAAUGGGUUCAGGAAUACGAGAAGAUGUUAGGAAGAGGAGCUGUAGCCUAUAUAAAUCUUGAUUCUGUGAUAAGAGGGAACUAUUCCUUCCAUGCUGAAGCUAAUCCAUUACUAUAUAGUAUUAUAAAGAACUCCACACAAAAAGUGCCUUGUACAGACCCUGAUUAUUAUGAUAAAUCAGUGUAUGAUAUGUGGUUAGAAAGAUUCAUGGAUCCAGGGAAACCUUCCCAGCCAAAAAUAAAUCCAUUGAAUGGAGACAGUGACCACACACCAUUUGAGUAUUAUCUUGGAGUUCCUUCAGUGUCACCAAUGUAUACAUUUAAUUCAAAGAUUUAUCCCCAUUUGCCAACAUACCCAGCUUUUAGUACAUUAGAAGAUGAUAAAGAAUAUGUAGAAACAUUCCUUGACAAAGAUACCAAACUAGAGCAGACGGUCACUAAAAUUGUGGCUGAUAUGGUGUUACUGUUAGCUGAUUCAGCAGUGCUUCCAUUUGAUGUUCAAAAUUAUGCACAAGUUUUUGACAGAGGAAAGAAAUUUUUAAGAGAGAAUGAAGCUGUUAUUUCAUCUGCUAAUGUAGAUAUUAAUGUAUUAUAUUCAAAGAUUGAUAUAUUUAUAGAAGCUACAAAGUUAUUUGCAUUUAAUGUAACAAGUAUUAACCUUGAUUCUUUGAAAGAAUCAGAUUUGUAUUUAAUUAAUGAUAAAUUGCUGGAACUUCCCAGGAUAUUUAUAAACUACCAAGGUAUUCCUGGAUACCCACAGUAUAGGCAUUUAUUGUUAGCUCCACAUGCUGAGAACCUAUGGGACGAUCAGAUCUUUCCAGGGAUUGCUGUCACAAUAGAUCAGUGUGGGACAAACAAAGACUGUGAUCCUCUCAGACAUCAAAUAGCUUUAUUAAUAGUCUCUGUACAUCAGGCUAUAGAAAUUAUACAGGAUGAAAUAUUCAUCCGAUAUUCAUGAAAAGUAUGAAUUUUGUCGAUAUUUGAGAUUUUCCAACGCUCAUCUUAUUUAGAUCAAACAGAUAGUGUGAUCCACUCAAAGACAUCAAAUAGCUUUACUAAUAGUCUCUGUACACCAGGCUAUAGAAAUUAUGCAGGAUGAAAUAUUCAUCAGAUUUUCGUGAAGAGUGUUAACUUUGUCGCUAUUUGGGAUUCUGAAUCAAAUCAAGGUCACUUUUCUCUAUUGUGUCAGACAUUUUUUUCUUGUGAUAUGAAUGUUUUACCGCAAAAUUACUGAUAUUCAGUUAUGAUUGAAAAAUAUCGAUAAGGGAUUGCUAUUUUGGAUUCUGUGACACUGAGUUAUUGAUUUCAAACAAA